UAAACCGGCGUUGGCAUCACUAAAUGUCCGCUGCAGCCUCGAUGCAGGGUCCGAUCCGGAUUGUGGGAUAUUUUCAUAAGAAGUGACGAAGGACACUCUGUCCGCACUGAAGCGUUGGUCGCUUGUCUCUGCAUUCGUUGUGUUUCUACGCUGCAAUCAAACCUGUGAUCGCGUUGAGACUCAGUGAAAUAACGCUUCAGUCGACGAUGGACACCGAAGGAAUAAAGCUUUUUUUUUUUUCAAUUUCAAGCAGCUGACGUCGACCUCCUGUCGUCUAACACGCGGAGCAGCUGGCAGGCUCCGCACAUGAUGAUGAAGAUGAUGAUGAUGCUGAGGCUGUGAACAUGAGUGGUAUUAAUAGCAGGGCUUGGGUGUCACAGGAUUUCCACUGUUGAGGGGUUUGUUGGGAGAGUCGGUGGUCGAGCUUUGGGGGGCUUCAACGAUCCAGACUGCGCAGUCGGAAUAACAAUUUGAAGAACAAAGUAAACAAUCAAAAAUACUAAACCGACAACAGGCAACAUGGAAGUUCUGGCAGCUCUCAAUUUGGGCGAUUUUGCCCAAGUUUUCUCCAAAAUGGGAAUGUUCCCCGUGUUUGAUCUCGCCUACUACAUAGUGUCCAUUCUCUACCUCAAGUAUGAGCCAGGCUCAGUGGAGGUUUCUCGCCGGAGUCCCGUGGCCUCCUGGCUCUGCGCCAUGCUCUACUGCUUUGGUAGUUACAUCCUGGCGGACAUCAUGCUGGGGACCAGCCCCCUCGACUAUUUCCAAUACAACAGCCACAUCCUGCUGGCUUCAGCUGUCUGGUACCUCAUCUUUUACUGCCCCCUGAAUCUCUUCUAUAAAUGCGUGGCGUUCCUGCCCGUCAAGUUGGUGUUGGUCGCCCUGAAGGAAGUCGUCCGCACUCGUAAGAUCGCCGCCGGUGUUCACCACGCUCACCACGCCUACCACCAUGGCGUUUUCAUCAUGGUCAUCGUGGGAUAUGUCAAAGGCUCUGGGGUGGCUCUCAUUUCCAAUUUCGAGCAGCUGCUGCGCGGCGUGUGGAGGCCCGACACCAACGAGAUCCUCAACAUGUCAUUCCCCACCAAAGCCAGUCUGUACGGAGCCAUCCUCUUCACCCUGCAGGAGGCUCACUGGCUGCCAGUGUCCAAGAGCACCCUCAUCCUCAUCUUCACCCUCUUCAUGGCCACCAGCAAGGUGGUGUUGACAGCACGACACUCUCAUGGCUCCCCCUUCGCCCUCAUCGAGUCCUGGGUUUGCCAUCUGCUGUUCGGUUCCCCUCUGGGCGGAUCUGAGGAAGAGCACCAGCAUCCCCCUGCUGCCGUUCCAUCUUCACCUGUCAAAACCAGGGAGGACGUGGGCGAAGGCACGCGCAAGAGGAAGGCCAAGAAAGCCGAGUAGGACGCAGAGCUGGGAGCUGCAUCGCGGCCUCCACGUGGUGGGACCUCCCAUUCCUUUCUAGGGGAAAGGGGUAGAGACCCUUUGUAUUAGAGCAAAAUGGUGCUUUCUGCAUUCUACACCGAACGAGGACUCUGUAAAUACCACAGCAAAGGCUCCACACUUACCGACCCCGGACAUUUUAAACCUAUUUAUUUAUGUGCUCGUGAACAUCUGCGUCCGCGCUCCACGCCGUGCGGUGAUCCACGUCCAGCAGCUGGUCGUAUCAGGAUGGCCUCUGGUCAACACAUCAGUCGCUGUGUUUCCGUACGUCUGGGAUUUUCUUAAAGUCCACCACCGAAACUUAUUUCAGUUAAGAAAGAUAUAGAAAACACAAACGAAUCUGACCCUCAAUCCGAAAUUCAAAUGUGAGUGAAGCAUCGUGUGAAAGAACAUUGAUGCUUUUUACAUUGUCAUUGAAUAAAAUCAAGAGAAUCAU